GUUGUCCACGAGUGCAUGAUUUGGCUUGACUUUUGUAUUUGUUGAACUCAUUGAUUUAUUCAUUUACCUCCUUAUCUCGCUGUCGUUACUUCUUAAAGGUAUACUUACAGAGGUUAAUCAUCAUGUCUACUAUGCGAGCAGUAGUCGCGCAUACGGCUGGACCUUCCGAUGUCCUUAAAGUCAUACAAUAUCCCAUCCCCCAACCCAGUCCUGGGCAAGUCCGGAUCAAAGUCAAGGCAUUCGGACUCAAUCGCUCCGAGAUGUACACUCGACAAGGUCACUCUGGUUCUGCGGUUCAGUUUCCUCGCAUUUUCGGCAUCGAAGCCGUGGGUAUAGUCGACGCCGCACCGGGGCUAGAAGAUAAAUUUCCGCUCGGAGCCACCGUGGCCACAGCAAUGGGCGGGAUGGGCCGAGCCUUCGAUGGGGGAUAUGCGGAGUACACAUGUGUACCGGCAAAGCAGGUACAGAUACUGAAGACGAAGCUGCCUUGGGACGUGCUGGGGGCGCUGCCGGAGAUGCUGCAGACGGCUUGGGGUUCAUUGAUCAGGUCACUCACCUUGAGACCCAAAGAUAGAUUGCUGAUUCGCGGUGGAACAUCCUCGGUGGGCCUGGCGGCAGCGGCCAUUGCUAAGAAACACGGGGCGUUUGUGGCGUCAACGACUAGGAAAAAGGAAAGAGAAACAUUAUUACGGGAUUAUGGAGUGGACGAAGUGUGGAUUGAUAACGGGGCCAUUUCUCAACAGAUUGCCGAAACAUCGGGCCAAUAUUUCGACAAGGUGCUGGAGCUUGUGGGAACGGCGACUUUGGCUGAUUCUCUGCGUUGCGUGAAGAAGGGAGGCAUUGUUUCUAUGACAGGAAUUUUGGGAAACGAGUGGCACUUGGAGAAGAUCAACCCAAUGGAAUUGAUUCCCAGUGAAUCGAAAUUGACGGCAUAUUCUGGAGGAGAUGAGGAAUUUAUGAGAACACCUCUGAAAGAGCUAGUCAAAAUGGUUGAGGAGGGGAAGCUCCAGAUCCAGGUGGGACGCGUAUUUAAAAUGGAGGACAUUGCAGAGGCUCAUCGGUGUAUGGAAAAAAGUGAGAUUGAAGGGAAGAUUGUAGUGAUUCCAUAGCCCCAUUGCUACCUUCGGAUUUAGAUAGUGUAGCUUAUCCAUAUAUUUAAUGGCUUUUAGACGUGAUCUGGAAAUGGACGAAGCAAUUGGUCCAAAACCGACCUGAGCCAGAGGCGGUUGAAGAAGCACCAUCCGACCUGAACAGGGCUGACCAUGUCAAGGCAUCUAAUGGCGUUCAGGCCGCGACUCUAUUCGUCGCAGAUCGAUAGCCACUGUGGCACAACAUCACGUCGUGUAUCCCGGCAUUCCGACAUUUUUUGAAAUCGGGCGGGUUGUAAAGUUAUGAUAUGAUGGUAGCAUCGCAGAUGCUAAGCAAUUAUACACAUUGUGCGAUAUUUUUCUGAGAUUGUUGAGGGGGUGAGGUCUGGAGCAGUCUCCGACGUGCACGGUGGUUCAGUGGGGGCCGAGUACUAACCGAGACUUAGGGGCGUGAGAGGAAUUAAUUAAUCCCACCGUGACGGUGUCCAGAAAAUUGCCCGUUGCCACAUCUUGGCUUAACCGCUGCAGAUAAAACAAUUCCCACCAGGGAAUACCGGGUUGCAAAGAAAGAGAAAAGAUCCAUGGAUCCAAGUUGGACGGUAUAUUGGCCAUUGCACAUGACCCUCGACCAAUGAGAGCGGGGCCACCUCAC